AUAACAUAACAUUCCAGACAUAUACAGAAGAGGGCAGUGUAACCUCAAAAAAACGUUUCUAUUCCCAACACGAACGGAUAGUUUUGACGACACAUGAUUGGCUCUUGGUACAAGGAAGCAAACAGUUGAUUGGUUCAUUGUAAAAAACCCGGCAGAAGACAAGAGUGGACGAACAAAAAUAACACAGGAGCCGCUGGAAUAGCAACUGUUUAUUUGCCAGGAGCCCAGUGAUAAAGGAACCAUGGUCGAUCCAAUGGAGAAUGGCUUGUUUGACAUUCCUGACUAUGACAACACAGAUGACGAGACCUUUCCUCCUCUCCCCCCUCCCUUCUCACCAGGAGAGGGAGGAGAUCCUUUUACAGGGGAGGAGGGAGGAGAGAUCUCCAAGCUGGCCGAAGUCCCUGUUGCCAAGAGGAGAGGCGUCAAGAGACCACAGCCGAAACUGGACUCUCAGAGGCUGACAUCAGAAAGAGGACUUCCGGCUCUUCGCAGCCUGUUUGACAACGUUCAUUUCAAAGGCAAAGGACACGAGGCUGAGGACUUGCGGGUGCUGAUGCAGAGGAUGGAAAACUGGGCUCACAGGCUGUACCCCAAACUACCGUUUGAAGACUUCAUAGACAAACUGGAGACGCUGGGCAGCAAGAAAGAAGUCCAGACGUGUCUCAAGAGAAUACGGUUGGACAUGCCGCUAACACAUGAAGACUUCAUAGGAGACGACGGUGAGGACGACACCGCAGCGUCGAGAGACGGGCGGGUCGUCAACCAUGACGACCCAGACCCGUUUGGAGACGGAGGUUUCGCUGAAGACCCCUCAGGACGGGUCCCCUCUACCCCAGCCCCCUCCCUGUUCCCUUCCUCUCAGGCUGGCCCGGUCCACUCCACCCCAGCCCCCUCCCUGUUCCCUUCCUCUCAGGCUGGCCCGGUCCACUCCACCCCAGCCCCCUCCCUGACAGAGGAACAGCAGAGACGUAUAGAACUCAACAAACGGCUUGCCUUGGAGAGGAGACUGGCCCGCAUGCAGCAACACACAGAUGGCUCCCAGGAGAUGGCCUCCAGCCAGUCAGCAGACGGACCAUCUACCUCUCAGUCCCAGGAGAUGGCCUCCAGCCAGUCAGCAGACGGACCAUCUACCUCCCAGUCCCAGGAGAUGGCCACCCAGUCAGCAGACGGACCAUCUACCUCCCAGUCCCAGGAGAUGGCCACCCAGUCAGCAGACGGACCAUCUACCUCCCAGUCCCAGGAGAUGGCCACCCAGUCAGCAGACGGACCAUCUACCUCCCAGUCCCAGGAGAUGGCCACCCAGUCAGCAGACGGACCAUCUACCUCCCAGUCCCAGGAGAUGGCCACCCAGUCAGCAGACGGACCAUCUACCUCCCAGUCCCAGGAGAUGGCCACCCAGUCAGCAGACGGACCAUCUACCUCCCAGUCCCAGGAGAUGGCCUCCACCCAGUCAGCAGACGGACCAUCUACCUCCCAGUCCCAGGAGAUGGCCACCCAGUCAGCAGACGGACCAUCUACCUCCCAGUCCCAGGAGAUGGCCACCCAGUCAGCAGACGGACCAUCUACCUCCCAGUCCCAGGAGAUGGCCACCCAGUCAGCAGACGGACCAUCUACCUCCCAGUCCCAGGAGAUGGCCUCCAUCCAGUCAGCAGACGGACCAUCUACCUCCCAGUCCCAGGAGAUGGCCACCCAGUCAGCAGACGGACACUCUACCUCCCAGUCCCAGGAGAUGGCCACCCAGUCAGCAGACGGACACUCUACCUCCCAGUCCCAGGAGAUGGCCUCCACCCAGUCAGCAGACGGACCAUCUACCUCCCAGUCCCAGGAGAUGGCCUCCACCCAGUCAGUAGACGGACCAUCUACCUCCCAGUCCCAGGAGAUGGCCACCCAGUCAGCAGACGGACCAUCUACCUCCCAGUCCCAGGAGAUGGCCACCCAGUCAGCAGACGGACCCUCCAUGGUGUGUGAGGGAGCAGUAACCAGCCCUGUUCCUGAGAUGAGCAACGACAGCAGGGCCUGAGACACACACAGAACCGCGGACUCCCUGGUGUGUGAGGGAGCAGUAGCCAGCCCUGUUCCUGAGAUGAGCAACGACAGCAGGGCCUGAGACACACACAGAACCGCGGACUCCCUGGUGUGUGAGGGAGCAGUAGCCAGCCCUGUUCCUGAGAUGAGCAACGACAGCAGGGCCUGAGACACACACAGAACCGCUGACUCCCUGGUGUGUGAGGGAGCAGUAGCCAGCCCUGUUCCUGUGAUGAGCAACGACAGCAGGGCCUGAGACACACACAGAACCGCUGACUCCCUCCACAUCCAUGGCUCCAACUGUCAGCAUACAUACUCACCCAGCACCAAGGGACGCUGUCUUCUAGGACUGACAACUCAUCCGAGGAUGUUUUCUCUCUGUUCAAGUACACUUUCAAUUAAGUUUAUACAAAUCUAAAACAUUGUCAUGUGUUGUCAACCAUUUUUACUCUUUAAUAAAUGUUGCCAUAUGGGCCAAACAUUCUGUUG